ACUCUUUCAUAAAAAGGAAAAUUUUCCCUCCCAAGCAGAAUGCCAUUUCACGGUGAAGACGACGGAGAAGAAUUUUCCGGCAGCGAGAACGACGACGGUUUUGAUGAGGAGGAAAGGGAAGCCAUAAGGAGAGCCUGUAUGAUCUCAGGCACCGACCCCAACGACCUCGAUAACACCAACAAACUUCAGCUGACCGUCGCUGCCGAUUCCUCCGGCGGCGUCAGUGCUGAUUACUGGAGUUCCGAUAGCGAAGACGAUCGUGAAUUGGUCCGGAAAAUUCAGAACCGGUUGGCGUUGUCGGAUGACUCGUGCCAGCCAUUGUGUGCCCUUCCACCGGUUCUUUUGGAUGAUGAUGAAGAGGAUGAUUUCGAGACUCUUCGCGCUAUUCAGCUGCGCUUUUCAGCUUAUAAUUCAGCUGAUACUACAAAAGGCAGCUGGAAGGAUUCUUUACAGACUCCAAAUCAGGUUUUUGCAUCUAGUGUAGCAUCAAAGAAUGAGACUUCCAAUGGUUUGUUUGUAAAUAGAAUUAAUUCUUGUGAAGGGUUUCCAGAUUCUGAAGAAGCUUGUAACAACCACCAUUUAUCGAAGGUCAAUGUGGAGACACUGCCUUCUGGUUCCAUUGAGUGGCAACAGUCAGAAAAAUAUAAUUUGUCUAUGUUGUCACAAAAUAAUUCUAACUUCCCAAAAUCUGCUCAGAUGUUUAUUGAUGCCAUUAAGAAGAAUAGGUCGUAUCAGAAUUUUAUCAGAAGUAAGUUGACUCAGAUUGAAUCAAGAAUAGAGGAGAACAAGAAAUUGAAAGAACGUGUAAAAAUUCUGAAAGACUUUCAGGUUUCUUGCAGACGAAUAACUGGUCGAGCAUUAUCACAGAAGAAGGAUCCCCGUGUCCAAUUAAUAUCCUCACAGAAGUUAAGAAAUGGCAAUGACUCAGAGGUUUUUGAUAAGAAAUCCUCUGCCAUUCACUAUGGCCCAUCAGAAAAUUCCCAUGUUUCUAACUAUAGAAUGGCCUUGUCAAGAUAUCCACUUUCAUUGCAUCGGAAAAAAUGGUCAAAGACAGAAAAGGAAAAUCUUGGAAAGGGAAUAAGACAGCAAUUUCAAGAAAUGUUGCUGCAAGUGUCAAUGGAUAGACUAAGUGGUUCAGAGGGAUCUUCUAUGGAUACAAAUGGUUUGGAUAACAUUUUUGCAUCUAUCAAGGAUCUUGAUGUCACCCCAGAAUUGAUCAGGGAAUUUCUACCUAAAGUUAACUGGAAUCAGCUAGCUUCCAUGUAUGUUAAGGGCCGUUCUGGUGGAGAAUGUGAAGCACAGUGGUUGAAUUUUGAAGACCCCUGUAUUAAUCACAAUCCAUGGACUAUCGAAGAGGAUAAGAAGCUUUUGCUUAUCAUUCAAGAAAAGGGGAUCAGUAAUUGGUUUGAUAUUUCAGUCUCAUUAGGGACUAACAGGAUUCCAUUUCAAUGUUUGGCUCGUUAUCAAAGGAGUUUGAAUGCAUCCAUAUUGAAAAGGGAAUGGAUUGAGGAUGAGGAUGAACAACUGUGCAUGGCUGUAGAAGCUUUUGGUGAGAGUAACUGGCAGUCUGUAGCUUCAACUUUAAAAGGCCGGACUGGUCCUCAAUGUUCUAAUAGAUGGAAGAAAACUCUUCACCCCAUGAGGCAAAGAGUUGGGAAAUGGACACCAGAUGAAGAUAAACGCCUGACAGUAGCUGCAAUUCUUUUUGGGCCCAAGAACUGGAAGAAAAUUGCUCAAUUUGUGCCAGGCCGAACUCAAGUGCAGUGUAGAGAAAGAUGGGUCAAUUCUUUGGAUCCUUCUGUGAAUAGGGGUGAGUGGACUGAAGAAGAGGAUUUGAUGUUGGAAGAUGCAAUCAAAAAACAUGGAUUUAGCUGGUCCAAGGUUGCUGCUGCAUUGCCUGCACGGACUGAUAACCAGUGCUGGAGGAGAUGGAAGUAUCUGCAUCCAGAUGAAGUACAUGUUCUUCAAGCACGUAGAAAGAUGCAAAAGGCUGCUCUAAUGAGCAACUUUGUAGAUCGGGAGCGGGAGCGCCCUGCCCUUGGUCCAAAUGAUUUUAUGCCUUUAGCAUUGACAAAUCCAGCAUCUGAACAUGGCGACGUAAUUGCAUCCCAGAAACAUGAAAGAAAAUCAAGAAGAAAGGCAGAAUCUGGGAACAAGGAAGAUGCUGCUCCUUGCGAAAAUCAGAAAACAAGAAAAUCCCAGAGAACUAGAAAAAAGACACAAAUUUGUUCUGAGGUUUUGGAGAUAACUUACGGUGAUGACACUGAAACCUCUAAUCAACGUGGUGUAAUUCUUAAGAAGAAAAUUGUGAAGCUUCAUUCAGGGAAGAAAAAAGUUAAUAGUGAGCCCAAUACUGUGAAGAAAGUAUCUAAAAGAUGUUCAAAGAUGCCAUCAUGUGCAGAAUUGGAUGAGAUGAGUAUUCUUCUGCCACCCCCUGAAAGUGUGGAAGCAGAGAUAACUUUCACUGACAGUAGCAAUACUCCUUGUGGCAACACCAAUGUGUCAAAUUGUGACAGUAUAGAUCCUAUUUGGAAUUCUGCAGGCAAUUUAUGCUCUAUAUCUUGUCAAGAACAAGAUGCACCAUACUGUUCUGAAGUGGGCAUUUUGCGGGGAACUAUUGAUGAUAUUGAAUUAUUGCAGAAUCACUCAGAUUAUCUUGAUUCGACUUUGUCAACAACAAUCAACAGUGAAGAUGGCGACUUACUGGGUGGAAUUGAUGCUUCUACAAAGAAGAGGCCUUCUAAAUUGCUACCAAAAAAGAAAUCAGGCAUGAAGUCAGGUAAGGAGAGAACUGAAGGUGAAAACAUCUCUUUGGAGAGUGUUUGUGAGACUGUAAAGCGAAAUAACAAAAGGAAAAUAUGUAAUGAACCAUCAGGGAAACGCCAGGAUGUUGCAAGCAUUUCUUGUGAGCAAGCUGGGUCUAAAACACUUUUAGAAACAUCAGAUGGAGAAGACAUAACACUUGAGUGCUUUCUUUGUAAUAAGUCAAAGAAGAGAAAGCUUAAAGCUGGUUCUUCCUCUGAGUCAUUGCUGCUUUCCAAACCUGUAGAUCAGCACAUCAGUGAAGGGAAAAUAUGUAAUGAACCAUCAGGGGAAUUUCAGGAUGUGGCAAGCAUUUCUUGUGAGCAAGAUGGGUCUAAACAAUGUUUAGAAACAUCAGUCGGAGAAGACAUAACACUUGCUUGCUUUCUUCGUAAUAAGUUAAAGAAGAGGAAGCUUAAAGCCGGUUCUUCCUCCAAGUCAUUGGUUUCCAAAUUGGUAAAUCAACACAUCAAUGAAGAUCAUAUGCCAGCCCACUUGCAAAAUGGUGAAGCUGAGACCACCAAUGGGAGCUCUGAUGAACCAGUGACAAAACUGAAGAGCAUUAAUUUGGAAGGUGAUGGUGAAGUUGGUGAAAUUAUUUGAGCUUUAAUAAAGAAAAGAAGAGACAACCAUUUUUUCCUAUAUGCAGAAAUUGGAAUCUGAAGCCUCUCCAAUUAAAAUAUUUUGAGUCGGCCGUAAUCGUAGCUACGGAUGCCCCUGACAACAUUUGUUCCCUGCUAUCUGGUUUGAUGGCGACGGUUUAACAUGUAAAGGUGAGUUAGAGUCAGACCCCAAUUUUAUUUGAGAUGUUAUUCAACCUUAGUUUUGUAGGCAGUGUUAUUAUUUGCUUGCAAGUUUAUUGCAGUGAGUAGAAAAAGAAAAAAAUUAUAGAAAAAAGAAAGAAAGAUCGAGGGAAAAAAAAUGUAAAGAUUAGAGAUAUAGGUUAACAAAAGAUUCGAAGCAUAAAAAAUUAUUUUAUAA